AUACCGUUAUCUUCACACUCGCUUUUCAUGGUCUGUGACUUCACUAGUAGCUGCAGUCGCAAUUAAGCAACCACGCCUGUAGUUUUCUAAUAACCCUGAAUUGCUGUAUUUUUACAACUCCUCCCUCAGGCAGAAAUAGCUGUUUCAAGACCUGCACGGCCAGAAAACGCUAUAUUUACCAGAGGAGUUAUUUUCUUAAAUAUCGCGAGAGCAUUCUGACCCUCAGGAAUAAUCCUGAUCACUGUUGUCUGGGAGGCAAUAGUCCAUACCGAACACUCUGUUCGGGAAAACGCACUACAACAGUAAUGGAGUACCUCAUGUUUAGUUUUGUUUUUGCAUGUUGGAUGAAGUUUGGAAAUUCCGUCCUCUCUAUUCAUACACCUCACGCUCCUGCGCCUAUUCCUAAAGAGAACUUGCUUGUCUUAACUGUUGCAACAGAGGAAACAGAUGGCUUCCUCCGCUUUAUGCAGUCUGCAAACUAUUUCAACUACACUGUGAAGGUGUUGGGAAUGGGAGAAGCAUGGAAAGGUGGUGAUGUGGGUCAUUCUAUUGGUGGAGGACAAAAAAUCAGACUACUGAAGGAGGAAAUGAAGGCUCUGGCUGAACAGCAAGAUCUCAUUGUCCUGACUGUGGAUAGCUAUGAUCUUAUCUUUGCUGGGGGGCCAGAAGAGAUUCUCAGGAAGUUCCAGCAAACCAAUCACAAAGUGCUUUUUGCUGCUGAGGGACUGAUAUGGCCAGAUAAGCAACUAGCUGACAUGUACCCCUCUGUCCGUCGUGGCAAACGCUACCUCAACUCAGGAGGUAUAAUUGGCUAUGCCCCGUACAUACACAAAAUCGUUUCACAGUGGAACCUCCAUGACAAUGAUGAUGACCAGCUCUUCUACACUAAAAUAUAUGUGGAUCCUUUACAAAGAGAAACUCUCAAUAUGACUUUGGACCACAAGUGUCAGAUUUUCCAGAACCUAAAUGGGGCAGUUGAUGAAAUGCUUCUUAAGUUUGGAACUGACCGAGUGAGAGUUAGAAACACAGUGUACGACUCUCUACCUGUGAUUGUCCAUGGCAACGGAAACACCAAAAUGUACUUGAACUACUUGGCCAACUAUGUCCCCAAUGCAUGGAACUAUGAGCAUGGAUGUAGCCACUGCGAUGACAAUGCUGUGGACUUGUCUCAAUUAAAAGAGUAUCCGAGUGUGAUGGUUGGAGUAUUCAUUGAGCAACCCACUCCAUUUCUUCCUGAAUUCUUCCAGAGGUUGUCGGCCCUGGAUUAUCCCAAAGAUAAACUCAGAUUUUUUGUCCACAACAAUGAGGUUUACCACGAGAAGCACAUCCAGAGGUUCUGGGAAGAGAACAGAAAUUUGUUCAAUAGUUUCAAGGUUGUGGGACCAGAAGAAAAUUUGAGCCAAGGAGAGGCCAGGAACAUGGGCAUGGAUGUUUGCCGUAAGGACACCACAUGCGACUACUACUUCAGCAUAGACUCAGAUGUCAUGCUCACCAACAGACAGACUCUGAAGCUCCUCAUUGAGCAGAACAGAAAAAUAAUUGGUCCCCUUGUCACUCGUCACGGCAAGCUGUGGUCCAACUUCUGGGGAGCCUUGAGUCUGGAUGGCUAUUAUGCUCGCUCUGAAGAUUAUGUCGACAUUGUGCAGAGAAAACGUAUGGGUGUGUGGAACAUUCCUUACAUGGCACAUGUAUACCUUGUCAAGGGCAGUGCCUUGAGAAAUGACCUUAAGGAGAGGAACAUCUUUGUUCUGGAGAAGCUGGACCCAGAUAUGGCUUUGUGCAGAAAUGCCAGAGAAGUGACCAGUCACAGAGAAAAAGACUCCCCUUCUCCGGAAUCAUUCCAUAUGCUCAAGCCCCCAAAGGGAGUCUUCAUGUACAUAACAAACCGUCAUGACUUUGGGAGGCUCAUUUCCACAGCCAAUUAUAACAUUUCUCAUUAUAACAAUGACUUGUGGCAGAUAUUUGAAAACCCUCUGGACUGGAGAGAGAAGUACAUCCACCAAAACUAUACUCAAAUUUUCACUGAAAACUACUUAGAGGAGCCUUGUCCAGAUGUGUUCUGGUUCCCAGUCUUCUCGGAGAAGGCUUGUGAUGAGCUAGUGGAGGAGAUGGAGCACUAUGGUUCAUGGUCAGGAGGCAAACAUGAGGACAGUAGAAUUGCUGGAGGCUAUGAGACCGUGCCAACAGACGACAUUCAUAUGAAGCAAAUCAGUUUUGAUAAAGAGUGGCUACAUUUCAUCCGAGAGUUCAUAUCGCCUGUCACGUUGAAGGUUUUCUCUGGCUAUUACACUAAGGGUUAUGCUGUAAUGAACUUUGUGGUAAAAUACACGCCUGGCAGGCAAGCGUUCCUGAAGCCUCACCAUGACACAUCCACCUUCACCAUCAACAUCGCCCUCAAUAACAAAGACAGAGACUUUCAGGGUGGAGGUUGCCGGUUCAAUAGGUAUAACUGCUCCAUAGAGUCACCGAGGAAAGGCUGGAGCUUCAUGCACCCAGGACGACUGACUCAUCUCCACGAAGGCCUGCCCACCACCAACGGCACCCGUUACAUCGCAGUGUCCUUCAUUGAUCCUUGAACCGUCUCAUUAUACUGUAAACUAGACUUGCUUCUUGCUGAUUUCUGUUAUUUUGGUUUUGUCAUUUCACACAUUGUGCCCCAGAUGUUUCGUCUAUGCAAUUCUUACUUAAAUAGCUGCAUUUAAAGAAUCUCGGUCAAACAGAGUGUAGAGUGGAAGGAGAAAUGCCAAAAUUAAUUCAGAGUUUACAGUAGAUACACAAAUAUGAAACGUAUGCUAGCAGGGUACAGGGCUGCUCUUCUCAUUUAAAACCAUUUAGAUUUAGAUCCUGGCAGGGAUUACUGGUGCUGUAGCUUCUCCUGAUUUUCACAAUACUAAUUUAAUGUUGUCAUGGUAAAUGUUAUUAAUACAUACUGGUGGCUUUGUUAGCAAUUAGCUGUACCAUGCUAGCAUGCAGAUGUGUGCAUCUAUGCAAGUUUCAGGUAAAAUGUCAUUUGUAUACUGUAAAAACUCAUCAUUCCUUCAACAGCUACUAAUGGUGCUCAGCCUUACAUGUUUCUGCAACUGAAUUUUAAAACUGUUUUUGGGUGUAAGUUAUUUUUCUAGUUCCACUUAAAGUUUAAUUUGUGCACAAUGAUAAAGAAAUUUAUUAUUGUAACUUUGCACACCAGAAAUAACAGUAAGCCAGCAGUGUUCGGUAUGAAUUCUGUUUGACUGAAGUUCUAUUUUCUGUCAUACUUGAAAAGUUUUUCUUCUUUCCAUUUUGGAAUUUGUCAACAUGCAACUUUCCUGAAAUAAUUUCUGCAAAAUUGGUUCUGAGAGAUGUGUGAAUGAAAUUUGAAAAUAAGCAAAAGUUGUUUAA